UGGGGUCCAGCUUCAACCAAAGGGAGGAGGAAUGGUAGGUGGCACAUGCCAUGCCAAGGUAGCGUGUAGCUUUACACUAGCACGAGCUCGAGCUCAACCUGCUUAAUGAUCAGAAGCCGCCAUCAGUGCUCCCUUGCUUUCUGCACGACUAGUUGGCGCACUCAAGUUUGAGCUCUAAAAUCUCAGCCAGACGCGCCGGCAUGUGGUCCUAGUAAAGAGUGGACCUUGCGUUGUGCAAGGGCAAGCUUGAGAAGCGGCCUUCAUCAUGGAUCUGUCAACCACCACCACGCUGAGUUCGAUGCUCCCCAGGACAAUGUCUGCGAUACCCGAGGUCGCUACGGGCGCCCUCAACUCGGCUGUGACGCGAGCAAAUGAUGUCGUUGAAGCACAUGGAUCCUCAUCCUGGCUUGGCCUAUUCGCCAGGCUCAUCCUCUGGAUCCUUCAUACCAUCUCGAGUCUAUUAUACAUCGCGAUUAAGCUAGCCACGAUAUCCAUCCCCACCUUUCUAUUCGCUCUCUUCUCUACGAGCCUGACGGUGACUAUGAAUGCCACUACCUUGAUGGUCAUUAUGGCUGCCAUGAUAUCCGCAGUAAGCUGGGUAGUCAGAUAUCGCUAUCUCAACAUGUACUCGCGUCUCCCUCCUGAACCACAGCGGAAGGAGCCUGAUGUCGAUCUAUUCCCAGACACCCAGGAGGAGGGCAUGAAGUCUGGCCUUGGAAGCUAUCUUGAUGAGUUCCUCAGUGCCAUCAAGAUAUUUGGCUUUCUGGAACGGCCGGUUUUCCACGAGCUAACUCGGAGUAUGCAAACGAGGAAGCUGAUAGCUGGCGAGACUCUUAACCUCGAGGAAGAGAAGGGCUUCUGCUUGGUUGUGGACGGUUUGGUCGAGAUCUUUGUCAAGUCUUCUCGCCAUGAUCGACAUCCGGCCACAACUACCCAUGGGACUCCCUUGUCCGACACUGACUCGAGCGACGACGAGCACUUUGAACCAGGCCAACAGCGGUAUCAGCUCCUGACCGAGGUGCGGAAUGGAGCCCCAAUGUCGUCCCUGUUUUCCAUCAUGUCUCUCUUUACAGAGGAUGUUCAACUCCGCCACACAGAAGAAGACGGAUCGGAGCCUGGUUCCGGCAUUGCGAGCACGAAUAACGCCAGGUAUCCCCUGAGUGCAGACUUUCGGAAAGUACAUGGCAUGCAGGUGUCAUUUCCCAACACUCCCCAUUUAGAUGGCUCGGCAACCAACCACGGAUCGACCGAGACAGCCCCAGCUACCGCGCGUUCUACUAAUUCAGCUCUACCAACGAUACCACCAAUGGAUCUGGACCCUUCUCUCCAUUCUCGUCCCCAAAGGCCAGAACCCAAGCGGAGAUCUACCAAUUCUGUGCAUCCGGAUAUCAUCGCCCGGGCUACGGUAGAUACCACCAUAGCUAUCAUACCAGCGAGUGCUUUCCGACGUCUUAUUAGAAUAUACCCGAAAGCGACAGCACACAUAGUGCAUGUAAUCCUCUCCAGGUUCCAACGGGUUACACUGGCAACAGCAUUCAGCUAUCUUGGCUUGACCGGCGAAGUCAUGCAGACGGAAAGAAACAUGGUGAAAUACACCAUGUGUCAGCUCCCCAACGAGUUGAGAGGGGAUGCCCUAGAUCGGCUCAAGGAGAAAUUCCAACGCGAGAGAGAAAGGGCCGGGGAAGAGGAUGUCGGGAAAGGGAUCGCACUUCACAAUGCACAUGCCAGUCGACGCAGGAGAUCCAACACGACUCUCCGGAAAGAAGCCGCUCUGCAGGCCUUUUCCAGACAACGGCCCACCUCCGUCGUCGCUUCGACGAUAGCCCCUCCUAGAGAGCGUACCUCUAUCGGCACGCCCAGCCCAGGGGAUCUGCUGGCUAACAUUCAGCUAUCUCGGGCUGGUGGCCACCCCUCAACCACCUCUGUGACACCAAACGAUUACUCCUCGCAGGUCAGCUUAGAUCGGCCGGACGGGGUAUCCCCACUGGCUCAGAGGGCAUUCAAUCCUUUUGCAACGCAGAGGAACCCGCACAUCUCUCUCGACAAGCGGGAGAUGCUCGACGAGGACAACAUCUUCCGGGAAUCCAUUCUGGAGUGUAUGUUCAAGGCGAUUGGCUUGGCCAGCAACGGGAGCGCUACGCGCGAGCCAGAAUCGAUGCAAGGAUCCCCAAAGCUGUUUACAUUUGACCAACGGCGGCAGAAGGCCGUCUUCGGCAAUAACGCCUUCGGCUUCAUGGACGCCCUGGACGGUUCAGUUGAAGGUGAUACCGAGUCGAUGACCUCGAGCGGACUUACAAUGCAUCCAACGACGAACGUCCAUCUCCUCGCCCAAGACAUGCGUGACGAGGUCGAGAUUGUCUUCUUCCCGAAAGGGUCGGUUCUCGUCGAGCAAGGGGAACGCAAUCCCGGCCUUUACUACGUCAUGGAUGGGUUUCUCGACAUCUGUAUGACGGUUGAGGAGUCGAGUGCCGACCUCCUCCACUCCUCCAACAGAACGUCAUUCACAGCAAUGGAGAGCGCCGAUUCCCUCGCAGACGCCAGUCAUCCCGCCUCAUCCCAGCACUUUCCAUCUUCCGGGCUAGACGGUGAUGCCGCUAGUGAGCGGGGAAAGAGGCUACGGCGCCAAAGCGUGGCUCUGAUUAAGCCGGGUGGGCUGGCAGGGUACGUUGGCACCAUUUCCUCGUACAGGUCGUUCAUAGAUGUCGUGGCGAAGACGGAUGUAUACGUCGGGUUUCUGCCACGUGCGUCCAUUGAGAGGAUCGUCGAUCGCUACCCCAUUGUCCUCCUCACCAUGGCUAAGAGGCUCACACAUCUCCUACCUCGCCUAAUCCUUCACAUCGACUUUGCUCUGGAAUGGCUGCAGGUCAACGCUAGCCAGGUCAUCUUCCACAACAGGGACGAGAGCGAGGCCAUCUAUAUAGUUCUCAACGGGCGACUGCGACUCGUGGAAGAUCGGACUGACGGUGGGGUAAACGUCAAGGCGGAAUAUGGUCAGGGAGAAAGCGUUGGCGAGCUCGAAGUUCUCACAGAGUCUGCCAGAUCCGGCACAUUGCAUGCCAUUCGGGAUACAGAGCUUGUCAAGUUCCCUCGUACCUUGUUCAACAGUCUAGCCCAGGAGCACCCGAACAUCACGAUCAAGAUAUCGAAGAUCAUUGCUUCUCGCAUGCGGACCUUGAUCAAUGAUCCUUCGGGCACCGUCUCGAAAGACGGCACAUGGAGGACGUCGAUCAAUAAGAGCUCGUCGACACUCAACCUCAGGACAGUUGCAGUGCUGCCAGUUACUGCAGGAGUACCCGUGGUCGAGUUCGGCAACAGGCUCAUGAACGCUCUGGCUCAAGUCGGGACUCCGAAUGGCGCGACUUCUCUCAACCAAUCCGCCAUUCUCAAUCACCUGGGGAAGCACGCCUUCAACAAGAUGGGCAAGCUGAAGCUUUCUCAGUAUCUGGCAGAUCUGGAGGAGAAAUACGGACUGGUUAUUUACGUGGCCGAUACCAACGUUAACUCACCGUGGACUCAAACUUGUAUCAAUCAAGCCGAUUGCAUCUUGCUCGUGGGUCUUGCCGACGGGUCGCCAGAGAUUGGGGAGUAUGAACGUUUCAUGCUAGGCAUGAAGUCCACGGCGCGGAAAGUCCUGGUUCUCCUCCACUCGGAAAGAUAUUCUUCCCCAGGCUUAACUCGCUCGUGGUUGAGGAACAGGAUGUGGAUCAAUGGAGGCCAUCAUCAUAUGGAAAUGGCUCUCGGUACCAACGCCAUGCCAAUACACCCCCCGGAGAAGCGUUCGGGACCAAGUCUGAAGGAGCGUGUGCAGAUCCUACAAGCAGAGAUUCAGAAGUACACUUCUAGAAAACUCCGCCACGGGCCAUUCUAUUCGUCAGAUGCUCCUAUCAAGGGAGACUUCCACCGACUUGCGAGGAGACUCUGCGGGAAAUCCGUGGGCCUCGUCCUUGGCGGUGGAGGAGCCCGUGGUAUCGCACAGAUUGGCAUCAUCCGGGCGAUGGAAGAGGCUGGCAUACCCAUUGAUAUUGUGGGCGGGACAUCGAUUGGCGCAUUCAUCGGCGGAUUGUACGCCAGGCACGCCGACGUCGUGCCCAUCUUUGGCCUAUCGAAAAAGUUCGCAGGGAGGAUGGCGAGCAUGUGGAGGUUUGCACUCGACCUGACAUACCCUUCGGCUUCCUACACGACGGGCCACGAGUUCAACCGCGGCAUAUUCAAGACCUUCGGAAAGACGCAGAUCGAGGACUUCUGGCUCGAGUACUACUGCAACACCACAAACAUCAGCAAGAGCCGGCCGGAAUUCCACACGAGCGGCUACGCCUGGAGAUACAUCCGUGCGUCCAUGUCCCUGGCCGGCCUGCUCCCGCCGCUGUGCGACGAGGGCAGCAUGCUCCUGGACGGGGGCUACAUCGACAACCUGACCGUGUCGCACAUGAAGUCCCUCGGGGCGGACGUCAUCUUCUCCAUCGACGUCGGCUCGCUCGACGACAACACGCCGCAGGCCUUUGGCGACACGCUCUCGGGGCUCUGGGCCUUCUUCAACCGCUGGAACCCCUUCUCGUCCGUGCCGAACCCACCUACCCUGGCCGAGAUCCAAGCUAGGCUCGCCUACGUGUCGAGCGUGGACGCGCUAGAGCGCGCAAAGACGAUGGAGGGCUGCUUCUACAUGCGGCCGCCCGUCGACGACUACGGCACCCUCGACUUUGGCAAGUUCGACGAGAUCUGCCAGGUCGGCUAUCGCUACGGCCAGGAGUUCCUGCAGCAGCUCAAGGGCAAGGGCCUCCUGCCGCUCAUCGAGGAGACGGAGGAGAAGAAGGCCCUGCGCCGCACCAUGGCGCCAAGGCGGGCGAGCAUUUAGACGGCGAGGUGCGCUUCAGCAGACUGCUUACACGGGGCGAUAAUAUAAUAUACCGGACGCCUAGGUGGAGAGGCUGCGACAUGUAUCCAGGCAGGCCUAAACUCCGAUUCAACAUGGCUUUGUCAAG